AUGGGUUGCAGUGAGAGCACACAACGCUUUAGGAGGCGCACGUAUGGGGCUUCUGGAACUCAGGCAGAAGACAUGGACACUGAAGCAGCUGAUAUAUCUUUGGCAACUAUUGGUGCAGUGGCUGGAGUUUUUCUUGUUGCUUGUGGGCAAGGCUUCAAUCGUGGUCAUGGAGCAAUAACCAGAGCUGUAAGGAGCCGUAAGGAUAAGGACAAACAAGAUAACAUUCCUUAUGUUCCCAUAGAAAAUACUGCACUAGAUUGUGGUUCCUAUGGUUUGAAAACUUUGUCCUUCGAUGGUCGGAACUGGACUGGCGAUGUCAGAUCAAAGUUUGUGGCUUUCAACCGGUACACAAAAUCUACAGUAUCGACGGCCUCUUCCAUGGACCCUGGAGUCCCCCAAGUUCCUUAUAAGACAGCUAGGCUAUUCUAUUCUGAAUUCACCUACAUCUUCAAUGUUACACCCGGCCCAAAAUUUGUCCGUCUUCACUUCUAUCCACAUUCUUAUUCUGGUCUGGAUGCCUCCAAGGCGUUUCUCUCAGUUACUUGUGGUCACUACACUCUCCUUAGCAACUUCAGUGCUUCUCUAGGUGCCAAUUACAAUAACGUGCAUACUUUUGUCAAGGAAUUCAUAAUUCAUGUGCAAAACGAUUCACUUCAUCUGACGUUUAGCCCUUCUUCGAAUGCUCCUGAUGCGUUUGCGUUUGUCAACGGAAUUGAAGUUGUUUCGAUGCCAUUGCAUCUCUACAUACGAGGCGAGGAUGCACCUCUUCCUUUUGUUGGGUAUCCGGCUGUGGUAAUCAGACUGGACAGUACAUCUGCACUUGAGACAGUUUACAGAAUCAAUGUGGGAGGGGGCGAUGAUGUUUCUCCCAAAUCAGAUACGGGGAUGUUUCGCACUUGGAAACCGGAUGCUCAAUACAUAUUUGGAGCUGCUUUUGGGCAAUUGGCAUAUGAUUUUGAUCUUAAUGUUAGCUACACACCAACAGUACCAGCAUACACCGCACCUGUUGACGUAUAUCGCACCGGCCGUUUUAUGGGAACUAAUGCUGCGAUCAACUUAAACUAUAAUUUAAGUUGGCUUUUUCCCAUUGAAACUGGUUUUAUCUAUCUUGUCAGGCUCCAUUUCUGUGAGCUUGAUCGGAAUAUAACAAAGAUAAACCAGAGAGUAUUUUCUAUAUAUAUCAAUAAUCAAACAGCCCAGGAUCAAGCUGAUGUCAUUGCGUGGAGCGGUGGGCAAGGUAUUCCAGUGUACAAGGACUACAUCGCAAUGUUUCCACAAGAGAGAGAAAGGAUUCGGGAUCUUUGGGUGGAGCUUCACCCCAACACCAAAACGAAGCCUCAAUACUACGACGCGAUUUUAAAUGGGGUGGAGAUAUUCAAAUUAAGCAAUUCUUGUGGAGAUCUCGCGGGACUCAAUCCACCACAACAGCGGGGAUUGCUAGUUAAUCCCUCCACUAGAUCAUCCGGAAGUUCAAAGAAAAGACUACUUACCAUUGUUGGCUGCUCGGUCAGCGGAGUGGUCUUGGCAUUUCUUAUCCUGUGCUUGCUUGCUUUCUGGAUCAGAGCAGCAAGCGAGAGAAAAAAGAAAAGGAAGACAAGCCAUGCCCAGUCAAACAGUCGCUAUUUCCCUUUGAGGGAGAUAAAAGCAGCAACUAAUAACUUUGAUGAGGCACAGGUUAUUCUUACUGUGGGUGGAAGAGUUGUUUUUGCUUGUGGUGUGGUUGCUCUGAUUUCAGGCUCAGGAUCUUCUAAUGCUGAAAGGAAAACAAUGGAAGCCCCUGGAAGGAAUUAUCGCAUUUUCAGGGAUGACUUUGAGGAUGAUAUUGCAAGCUAUUUUCACAAACUAUGCGGCUAA